CGUCGGAGCCUCGGCGGCGGCGGCGCUCACAACCCGAGGAGGGCGGCUUGCCUGGAAGCGGCGGCGGCCACCGAGACCCACGCGAGGCGCGUCCCCUCGGCCUCCCCGCGCUCCCAGGCCGCAGCGCCCGCGCCCCUAGAGCUCGCUCGCCCGCUCGCCCGCCUUCCUCCUCUGCGGCCGGCUGCGCCAUGGCGUUGGCGUUGGCGGCGCUGGCGGCGGUGGAGCCGGCCUGCGGCAGCCGGUACCAGCAGUUGCAGAAUGAGGAAGAGCCUGGAGAACCAGAACAGGCUGUAGGUGACGCACCUCCACCUUACAGCAGCAUCUCUGCAGAAAGUGCAGCAUAUUUUGACUACAAAGAUGAGUGUGGAUUUCCAAAGCCUCCAUCUUACAAUGUGGCAACAACACUGCCCACCUACGAUGAAGCUGAGAGAACCAAGGCUGAAGCUACUAUCCCCUUGGUUCCUGGAAGAGAUGAGGAUUUUGUGGGUCGGGAUGACUUUGAUGAUGCUGACCAGCUGAGGAUAGGAAAUGAUGGGAUUUUCAUGUUAACUUUUUUCAUGGCAUUCCUCUUUAACUGGAUUGGAUUUUUUCUGUCUUUUUGCCUGACCACCUCAGCUGCAGGAAGGUAUGGGGCCAUUUCAGGAUUUGGUCUCUCUCUAAUUAAGUGGAUCCUGAUUGUCAGGUUUUCCACCUAUUUCCCUGGAUAUUUUGAUGGUCAGUACUGGCUCUGGUGGGUGUUCCUGGUUUUAGGCUUUCUCCUGUUUCUCAGAGGAUUUAUCAAUUAUGCAAAAGUUCGGAAGAUGCCAGAAACUUUCUCAAAUCUCCCCAGGACCAGAGUUCUCUUUAUUUAUUAAAGAUGUUUUCUGGCAAAGGCCUUCCUGCGUUUAUGAAUUCUCUCUCAAGAAGCAAGGGAACACCUGCAGGAAGUGAAUCAAGAUGCAGAACACAAGAAUAAUCACCUGCUUUAAAAAAAAAAAUAAAAGUACUGUUGAAAAAGAUCAUUUCUCUUUAUUUGUUACUAGGUGUAAAAUUUUAAUAGUUAAUGCAAAAUUCUGUAAUCAUUGAAUCAUUAGUGAUUAAUGUUUGAAAAAGCUCUCUCAAUCAAGUAUGUGAUGUAUUAAUAAUGCCUUAUCUAUGGUUUGUAGUUAUUUUAAAUAGCAUGAGCCUUGUCCCUGUAGUCAGUAGGGGGCAGUCUUGCUUUAUUCAUCCUCCAUCUCAAAAUGAACUUGGAAUUAAGUAUUUUAGUGUAAGAUAUGUAUAAUGCUGGCCAUUUUAAAGGGGUUUUCUCAAAAGUUGAAACUUUUGUUAUGACUGCAUUUCUGCACAUAAUCCAUACUUGCUGUUGAAAUUAAUCUAGAAAUUUAUUCAUUUGUACUGUGAACACCUGGAAGCAAAAUCAUAGUGCAAAAUACAUUUAAAGUGUGUUCAAGAAUAUGUUCUGAAUUGGUAAAUAACAAGCAUUAAUUUUUUAUAGUCUGCAUUCCAAAUUUUGCAGUACCUUAUUCUGUGUUAUAUACCUAAAAAAUUGUAAAGGUGGUGUCACUGUAUAAAAUAAAAAGGGCAAGGACAAAUCCAACUUAAUUACUAAAAUGCAAUUCUUGACAUUCUGUAUGAUUAGAAUCCAUACCCCUCCCCCCCCCUUUUUUUUAGGUCUCCUAAUAGUUAGGCCAGGGGCUGGAGUAGGGAGGGAAAUUAGGUACGAAGGUGCAAAGAAAGAAUUAGUUUGGAACUUUUGAGAUGAUCCCUAACAUACUGUAGUAGUACUACUUGCUUUUACAAUGUGUUAGCAGAACCGAAUGAGUUAUAAACGUAGAAUGAUGUGCUUUCUGCCAAGUGGUAAUUCACCUUGGUUUGCUAUGUUAAAACUGUAAAUACAACAGAACAUUAAUAAACGUCUCUUGUGUAGCAA